AUGACGACUGCUGGCGGUGGCUAUGUCGUGCUGUUGUUGCUGCUGUUUCUCAGCAUCCACACCGAAACAGACGCCGCAGAAGCUCUGUCUCACGUCCAGCGCCUGGAACUGGCGUCUCGUCUCACCAGGGGCGCCACCGCGGAUCCCGCCAGCCUCAUUACAGCCCCGGAUGUAGAGAAGCUGUUGACUCUGUCCAGCGCGACCGUCCAGCAGGCCGUGCUGACUUCCUCCACUACCUUGUCGUUGUCGUCGUCGUCGUCGAAUGACGUGGCGAGCGGGGCGGAGGUGUGUGCCAACGACACCAUCACCACCAUCAUGGCGCUGACACAGAGACAGAUGUGGGCCGUGCGGAUGGUGGACGCUGCCGGCAAACCCAAACCAGACAUACUGGACGGCAACUUCAUCUGGCCCGGCGCCUACGACGUGUGCUUCUCCAUCCGUUCUGACGUCACAGGGAACCGGUCGAGUCAGUUCUCCGGCCAGUACUGCACGGCCACUGUGCCACUUCCGGUUACAUCUCAAGGGGUAUUCGGCCCCCCGGUCCUGUCUGUGGGGCUGUGUGUCCCCAACUCCUGCUCCUCCUCUGACAUCACCUUGAUUCUGACAGAUGUCCUUGCGCUUCUAAACACCUCACUGAGCGUGCAGGUCACGUGUCCAGAGAAAACCAAGCCUCUGGAUGUCAAGGCCAAGGUCGCCAUCGCCAUCUGCAGUGUGUUGCUGGCCUUGAUGGUCGUCGGGACUGUGGUGGACGUUGUCUUCAUUCAGAUGCCCAAAUGGUGGCCCCAGGACAAACUGGAUUUCGCCGCCAACGGUGCAGCUGGUCCUGAUGAGCAUCAGCCGCUCCUGCAAAGCCAACAGACCAAAGCCAGUGUUCCCAGACUCGGUGUUGCCAUUAUGCUCCUCGUUGCCUUCUCCAUCUACACCAACGGUUCCAAGUUGCUGUCCACCCACCAGCCACCCGGCAGUUUCACCUGCAUCCACGGCAUCCGCUUCCUGAGCAUGACCUGGGUCGUCCUGGGUCACAGCUUCCUGUUUCCACUGUCCGUUGCAGAAAAUGUUGGGAGAUUCUUGCCAACCGGCAUCAAGCGCUGGACUAUUCAGGGAAUCGUCAACGCCACUGUGUCCGUCGACAGUUUCUUCGCCCUCAGCGGUCUGCUGGUGGCCUACCUCACCCUGAAAGAACUGAGGAAGAACAGCGGGAAACUAAACUGGUUUAUGUUUUACUUUCACAGAUUUUGGAGACUGACUCCAGCGUACAUGCUGGUCAUCAUGGUCUACUCAUGUCUGUCCUCUUACUGGGGUGACGGACCCUUGUGGCCAUCAGCCCUUCCUGACAGGGAUAAGUGCAGCGAGAAGUGGUGGACCAACCUGCUGUACAUCAACAAUCUGAUGAGCUUCAAAGAGACAUGUCUUGCUCAUUCCUGGUACCUGGCCAAUGACAUGCAGUUUUACAUUCUCAGCCCGCUCAUUUUCUUACCUUUAUUCUACUCCCCACUGCUGGGGCUCAGCUCGGCGGCGGUGUUCAUUCUAGUGUCGGCCCUCACUCCUGGCAUCUUGACCAUGAGGGACAACCUUCCUCCGGGUUUUAGUGCUCAAGUUGAAGGCAUCAGUGUAAAUUUAUCGGACUACAUGGACUUCUACAACAAACCCUACAACAGAAUGGGUCCUUACGCCGUGGGAAUGGUGGCCGGCUACAUCCUGUACCGCACGGACUGCCGGUUGAAAAUCAACAAGGUGUGGCAUCGCCGACAUUAUGGUUUUAAUGAAGUCGUUGUGACGUCACAGGUCAUCAAUCUGUGCGCAUGGGCAGUGGCGACUGGCUGCGCCCUGUCCGUGUUGUACGGUCUGCACGGGGCGUCCACCGGGUCCCCCAUGACCUUAGCGACCUCCGCCUUCUACAACGCCGUCAGCCGUCACGUGUGGGGGGCCUGCGUGUGCUGGGUGGUGGUGGCUUGCGUCACCGGAAACGGAGGUUUCGUCAACACCAUCCUCUCCUGGUCAGCCUUUGUGCCCCUCAGUCGUCUGACCUACUGCAUCUACUUGUUACACAUCAUGAUAAUCGACCUUUACAUUCUGGAUUCAGAUACAACUUUUUAUGCGAACGAUGUCAACAUGGUGAUGCUUUUCCUCUCGGUUUUGGUCGUCUCCUACAUGGCGGCUGUAGUCGCUUCUCUAAGUUUCGAGGCGCCCAUGAUGGGGCUGGAGAGGGUUCUACUCCGCCGAGAGAAGCAAGAAAAGGCCGGCAUGGCAGACGUCCAGAGUAAGUGAGUUCGCUGACUCACUGCUCACUGACUCGCUGCUCACUUGGAACCUUGAGUCAGUCCACACAACAAGAAGGAACAAACGAACAGAUGAGAUUC